UGGCCAUCAUGCUAACCGGUUCCUUUUGUCAUCUAAGAAUCGUGAACAUUGUUUCCAAGAUAACAACCACCUAUACAACCGUCACGUCUUCCCCCAACUCUGUGGCCAACAAUACUGAUAAGGAUUCACCGAAUAACGGGUCUACAACAUCGCUCGCUAGCAUAUCAUCUUCGGGUAAUGUGGUCAUUCCACCUUCCCUUUCCACCAAGGCCAUAACAGUGUCAACGUCUUCACAAUUUCACACAAGCCUUCCCGACGAACUGGCAUUAAAGUAUCAAGGCCUCGAAUGUCUGGUGUCUAUUUUGCGCUCGCUAGUGGCGUGGUGCGGCAACAAACCUUCGUCGGAGAGUGUGGAGGAUGAGAAAGAGGAUUCGCCCCGAAAGAGCGAAGAGACCGUCGAGUUUGUUACUCCUCAACCUGUGUUCACAAAUAAAUCAUCGCCAUCGUCGUCCACCAUGUCUGUCCCUGGAUCAAUGCAUAGCGUUUCCACGGAUGCAAAAGUGGCGAAGCCUCUAGAUGAUCCGGAGGAAUUUGGGAACCUGAAACAUCGAAAACAGGCGCUUCAAGAUGGAAUCAAGAUGUUCAAUUUCAAACCUAAAAAAGGUAUCAAUUCAUUAGUGUCUGCAGGUUUCAUUAAAAGCGAAGAGCCCUCCGAGAUUGCAAAAUUCUUGCUCGCUACCGAGGGUUUAAGCAAGGCGAUGAUCGGGGAAUAUUUGGGAGAAGGCGAUGCGGAUAAUAUCGCCACCAUGCACGCAUUCGUUGACCUUAUGGAUUUUAAGAAUAUGAAUUUUGUCGAUGCAUUGCGAAAUUUUUUGCAAUCAUUUCGAUUACCUGGUGAAGCUCAGAAAAUCGAUCGAUUUAUGUUGAAAUUCGCCGAACGUUAUGUAGACGGGAACCCCUCGCAAUUUGCCAAUGCCGACACCGCCUAUGUACUAGCGUAUUCGGUCAUCAUGUUGAAUACCGAUCUUCACAACCCGCAAAUCAAGCGUCGAAUGACAAAAGAUGAAUUCAUAAGAAAUAAUCGUGGGAUUAAUGAUAGCUCGGAUUUACCCGAAGAAUUUUUGACCGCCACCUACGAUGAGAUUCAGAAUAACGAAAUAAAGAUGAAAGAUGAGCACGAUGCCGCGCUAAUGCAACAGAAUUUACCUUCGCCUGGAAGAAUCGGCAUCUCAAAUAUAGGUAGUGUGAUAGUCAACGCAGGUAGAGAUUACAAGAAGGCUGCUGCGCAUCAAGCCGUCUUGAAGGAAAUGGCCAACAAAACAGAGACCUUGUUCAAAUCCAUGCUCAGAGCUCAACGUCGCGGUAUAUAUACGGCCAACACAACCUUCUAUAGUGCUUCGCAUUUUGAGCACGUUCGUCCCAUGUUUGAGGUAGCAUGGAUGCCUGUCCUUGCCGGAUUAUCGGGACCACUCCAGGAUACCGAAGACAUGGAGACUGCGAAUCUCGCCUUGGAAGGAUUUAAGCUUGCGAUUCGCAUCAUUUGUCUCUUCGACAUGGAACUCGAGCGAAAUGCGUUUGUCACCACAUUGGCCAAGUUUACGUUUUUAAAUAAUCUCGGUGAAAUGAAAUCAAAGAAUGUGGAUGCCAUCAAGACUCUUUUGGACAUAGCGUUAACCGAAGGAAAUUAUCUGAAGGAAAGAAAGAAAUAA